AUGGAUACAUCAAACUUGAGCUUACCGGCUGGCAACGUGUCUGUCAACGUGGCUCUCUUCUGCAAUGCGGUGCUUUCCGGGCUUCCCAUGUCCCGCUUUUUGAAACCUAAUAUACGGGGAUUGGAGACGCUCGAGCAAGUCCCAACCUUUUCCUUUUUCAUCCAACACCCUUCAGGCAGGAGACUGCUCUUCGAUCUGGGUCCACGCAAGGACGUGUCAAAUCUCUCGCCCAUAGUGACGGGACGCAUGUCACAGGCUGGAUGGAAGGUAGCUGUCAAGGACGACGUGCCAGAUAUUCUGAAGCAAAAUGACAUACCACCUGGAAGUAUUGAGAAUGUGGUCUGGAGCCACUGGCACUGGGAUCACGUCGGCAACAUGGCCAAGUUUCCCCAGAGCACCACCGGCGUAAUCGUUGGGCCGGGGUUCACGGCAGCGAUGACGCCGGGUUACCCUAAGAACCCGAGCAGCCCGAUACUAGAGUCUGAUUAUUCAGGUCGGGAAUUGAUAGAACUGGAAAAUUUUGAAUCAAGUGUGGCCGGCCUCCCAGCUCAUGACUAUUUCGGAGACGGCUCGCUGUAUAUUCUCUCCACGCCCGGACAUGCCGUCGGCCACUUGUCUGCGCUGGCACGCACUUUGUGUCAGAAUCAAGGGACUGGUGAUACGUUUAUACUGAUGGGUGGUGACUGCUGUCAUCACAUGUGCCAACUGCGCCCGUCUCCUCAGGGCCCUUUGCCUUGUAGUGUCAAAUAUUCCAUCAGCUCCGAGACACAUUUCCCAAGCGGGAUGAGCGAAGGAUCGUGGAGUUCCAUCUCUCAUGGCACGGGCACAGAUAGGCCUUUUGCUGACAUUUCUGACCACCCCAAUGGGGCCAGUGCGGUGUCCGAUCCCUCAAGUGCCAGGGAUUCCCUUUUGAAGCUGCAGCAGUUGGACAGUGAGAACGGGAAUGUAUUCUUUGUUGUUGCGCACGACAAGUCGCUGCUGGGCGUAGUUGACCUCUUCCCAGAGUGGGCUAACGAUUGGAAGAGCAAGGGUUGGGCUGAACAAGCUAGAUGGGAUUUUUUGACUGACUUCAAGGAGAAUUUUGAGCAUCGUAAAUAG